UGUGGUAUUCUUAUGCUCAAAUCAUAUGAUGGCGACGAUGAAAGAAGGUCCAUCUCGUAGCCCCCAAAAAGGCUGCGAUCCUGUAUUUAUCAACGCACUUACCUACAUUGGUACCAUGGCAGCCUUCUUAGUUGCUGCUUUCGUCCGAGAAAUUAAACUUCAUUACUUCCCAGCGACUGGAUGCCUUCUUCCAGGUCCAACUGAUUCCACAUUUGCACAAGAAGAGAACCUCAAAUACCUCUUUAUUGGUCUAUGGGAACUCCAUUUCCUACGAAGGACAAUAGAGGUCCUCUUCGUCCACGACUACAAGAGAAAGAUGAGCUUCACAGAAAGCCUUGGAGCUCCGCUCUACUACUGGUUUUUCGCAUUCUGGAACGGUGCUGCAGUACGCAGUGAAAAUGGUUAUCAUCCUACUUAUUUACCAAUGGCUUCAGUGGGGGGUGUCUUGUUCAUCAUUGGAGAAUUCGGAAACUGCUACUGUCACUAUCUACUUCGAUCGUUCCGUAAAGCAAAGCGCAGAAGCUUUUUGUCCAAAGAAUCAAAGCAUGUCAUACCAUCGGGGUUUUUAUUUGAGCUAGUUUCAUGUCCACACUAUUUCUUCGAGAUUGUAACAUGGGUAGGGUUCGUGCUGACAACAUGGACACUUGCUGCUGUUGUCUUUCUUACUGCAAGCGCAAUUACCCUGUUUAUUUAUGCUCACAAGAAGCACAAAGCAUACUUAAUGGAGUUUGAUGGUCUUGCAGGGAGAGACCUUUAUCCGAGGAAUCGAAAAGCGUUAAUUCCUUUCUUAUUUUGAUACUAUUCCUUGAGGAAACAGGUUGGAAUCAAUACUGAUUCACUUUGCCAAGCAAGCUAGAGCUGAAUCGUUUAUUUCAUUCUAUAGCAGCCUUAAUUUCCUGUGGUCGAAGGAAAGUUAGCUUAAUGAACAACAGCCAUUUUCUACCAUGUGGGAUAUCAUAAAGUAAUCAAUGUUGUUUUUGUUGCAAAUUCUAAACCCCUCUAGCCUCACUCUGGGGAGCACCAAUGUGAGUCCAGAUGGGUUGAAAUUGGAUUAUCUAGCUAGAUAGUACACAGAACAGGGUGGCUUUGCGAGAGUGCACUCGCCUCAAUAAGCCUGAAGCGAGAUGACGUUUUACCCCCGUCUCUAGACCAUAAUCCUUUUCACAUUGCUUUUGUUCUUUGAUUAUUACUUUUGUUCCUGUAUUCUCUAAGGAAUCAAAAAUUUUAAUAUAAAAGAAUUUUAAAAACUAUUAUGGUAUAGAGUUGGGAGUAAAACGUCAUCUCGCUUCAGGCUUAUUCUGGGGUCUCGUCUUCGGUUAGAUUCUUGGACUCAAAAAUUGGAUUCGAUAGUACACAACAGAAAUCAAAGUGAAGAGAGCAUAAAAUUUUCCAUUUGUUAAAGAAAUUUGAUUUGAUUUAAUUUGUUUGUAUCUUAAAUUUUUUGAUUAAGAGCAGUGAAUAAAUGUUAUUCAUUUU